AUGGCUGAGAGCCAGGGACGUGCCCAACAUGCCUCCAGUGCCUGCGACGAAGAUCUGCAUGAAACAGCCCGGAUCAUCGCCUCUGCAGUCCUACGCUAUGCUGUAGCCAUGAGCCAGGGAGCCACGAGCAAGGCACCAACUGCUCCCUCGGCCACAGGACCCAGGGUGCCUCCUCCCACAGCAGAGCCUGCAGACUGUACAUCCUCGGCCUCUGCCUUGGCUGGAGGUGCCGUAGGGGAAGCCACGGAAGCCCCUCUCACUGCAGCAGCGGCGCCACAAGAAGAAGUGGCUUCUCCUAUGACUGCAGAUCUUCUCAGGGAGGACAUCACAGAUCUCAGUCCAGCAGCAGCUGAUGAAGCAGGAGCAGCAGCUACUCCCUUGGCUAUGGUUCCGGGGCACCAGGUUGCCGCCGAGCAGGGAGGCCGAGCGCAGUCCUCCUCCUGCACCAAAGAUACGCCAGCGCAUGAGCCAGCAACGUCCCAGACACAAGCACCGUCCCAGGGUCUGUUGGCCGGGCCUGUUCAGCGCAACGAGCAGCACCAAGGACUAGGCAUCCUUGACCUCGCACAAGCCCCAGCGCGCCAGCCACGGCCCUCCCGCGUCAGGAGGGCACUUCGGGCUCUGCGCAGGGCUUUCUGCUGCAGCUGCAUCGCAGGACAGCGAGAGUAG